UAAAAAAAAUUUCGUAAAAUUUUCUUCUCUCUUUCUAGUUUCUUGAUUUUAUCUAUCGGUGUUCGAGUUCUUUAACCAUUAAUGCUGAGUUCUUGCAGGGAGAAAAAUGGCUAAUCUUGGAGUUUUCUUAGUGGGGUUUCUUUCAAUGAUCUCAUUUGCAUAUGGCUACUAUGGUGGUUGGACUAAUGCUCAUGCCACAUUCUAUGGAGGAGGCUAUGCUUCGGGAACAAUGGGUACCCUGCAGGAAAAGGGAAGGUAUUAGGUUCACCAUCAAUGGUCACUCAUAUUUCAAUCUUGUUCUAAUUACCAAUGUGGGGGGUGCUGGUGAUGUACAUGUAGUGUCUAUCAAAGGGUCAAGAACUGCCUGGCAACCAAUGUCAAGAAACUGGGGCCAAAAUUGGCAGAGUAAUUCUUAUCUCAAUGGACAGAGUUUAUCUUUCAAGGUCACCACUAGCGAUGGUCGAACCCUCGCCUCUUACAAUGUUGCCCCUCCGAACUGGUCCUUCAGCCAAACAUUCUCCGGUCGACAAUUCUUUUAGGGCCCACCACUAAAAUUUUCAGCAGAAAAAAAUUCAUUAUAAAUUCAAGUAGUUGAAAAGAAAGUGUACGUCAAUGUUGAAACUUGAAAGGACUUGUUUUAAUAGAAAUUAUCUUUUAAUUCCUGUUUAUUGUGUACUCAAGAUGUACUAUAUCCUUUGUAUUCCAAUAAGGAUUUUGAGAAGAAA